UUCUUCUGGGUUCGUCGCCCAUGGAGACCUCCACCACAUGGACUUACGCUGCACAAGGGUGCAGUUCAUGUCGUAGUAACUUGGGACUUUGUCAACUUCCUCUUCACUGACAAGCGAGUCCAAGAUUACGUGGAUUUUCUCCCUGAAGUGGGCAUUCCAGAUGAAGCUCUAUUUUCCACAGUCAACCACAACGCUAUGCUCAAUGCCCCGGGCAAUUUUCCUUACGGGGAUAAAGACUAUCGCAACGGGGGUUCCUAUAUAAACCGAUGGAAACACUUCUUCCCAAGUGAGUGUAGUGGCGUCUGGCGUCACGCGGUGUGUAUUUACGACCUCUACGGAAUGAAACCGCUCUUCAAACCCGACUCACCAUAUCUCUUUGUCAAUAAAUUUGUUAUGCAUAUCAAUGCCAAAGUUUUGGAUGUCACAGAGCGCUGGUUCUACGAUUGGCAGGACUGGUACUAUCGUCAUUCCAAUGAGAGCAUCACCGACUUGAAUUUCUAUCGCAAUCUUCCCCAAGUUAAAUACCAACUCAAUCGUUUGCCUCCGCCUCCUAAUGCGGAGUUGGAGUUGCUUUAG